AUGUCUCAAGAUGAUCGUGGAGAUAAGCCCGAGGGCUUCUCUAAAUACCUUAAGCGUAUGAAGACCGUCCUUCGUCCUCGGUCAAUUUCCAAACGACAAUCUGUAGCUGGAGUAGUCGCUCCUGCCGAAACUGCAAAAGAAACUGCACCAGCUCCGGCACCAGCAUCAGCUCCUGCACCGGCUGCAGUACCAACACCAACACUGGCACCAGUAUCAGCACCGGUAUCAGCACCAAUAUCAGCACCAGUAUCAGCACCAGCACCAGCCCAGGAUAUCACCCUCCCAGAGCCAGUUAUGUACACCGACUUCAAGACAACCCAGAAUGAAAAGGCCCGCGCUCUCUUCGCUAAAUACGGCCUAACCAUCGACACCAGCGAAUGGAAAACACCAACCGACCUCCAGGUAACCCGCGUAACGAAGCCAAUCCGCAUGCGAGUGCGCCGUACCUGCCACCGCUGCGAAACAACCUUCGGCGCAGAGAAAGUAUGCGUCAAUUGCCAGCACACUCGCUGCACAAAGUGUCCCCGUUACCCUCCCGCCCGCAAGGAUGGCGAACCCCGCAAGCCCAAGAUGCCAGAGACCUACGAACGACUCUUCCCCAGGACCUCGCACCUCAAGCUCAGCACCACCAAGGAAAUUUCCCUCAAGAUGCCGUCGCCUACGGGCGGCGCCGAUUUCGUCCAUCGACCAGUGCGCCAGCGUAUUCAUCGCUACUGUCACGUCUGCACUUCUCUCUAUACCCCCGGCAUCAAGGAAUGUCCGAAGUGUAGCCAUGUGCGCUGCAAGAUCUGCCCCAGGGACCCGGCUAAACUCGAUAAAUACCCUGAUGGCUAUCCGGGUGAUGCGGAUCCGCCUAAACCUCGACCCGAGCGCACGUGGAAGAAGCCUCGUCGCAGAAUUCACUAUGAAUGUCAUGUCUGUCAGACUUGGUUCCAGGGUAAUGUGGAUACUUGUUCGAAUUGUGGUCAGGUGAAGUGUGAGAAAACUAUACGAAUCCCAGCUAAAAAGGUUAAACCAGAAACAAGCCCGGAGGUUCUGAAGAGUCUUGAACAGAAGCUAGCAGCUAUGGCGCUCGAACAAGAGCCAGGUAUUGCCGAAACGGCCUGA